AUGAAGUUCCUCGCUGGCCUUGCUGCUCUCGUCUCCGUCGCUGCGGCGGCGCCAUCCGCGCCGACGCCUCUCGAUGUGAAGCUUGAGAUGACGGGCAACACUCUUGUCAAGGCCACCAUCACCAACCAUGGCAAGAACAACCUGAGGAUCUUCAAGGCCGGUACUAUCCUGGACAAGUCGGCCAUCAAGAAGGUGCAAAUCACUGGCGAGGGCAAGGGCGUCGCCUUCCACGGCAUGCGUCAGCGCAUCAGCACCCGCAACAUCAAGGAUGGGGCAUUCGAGAGCAUCCCAGCCAGCCAAUCCAUCUCGGUCACCUUCGACGUCGGCCACGUCCAUGACCUCUCGGCGGGCGGCAAGUACAACCUUCUCGCCCGCGGCAUCCUUCAGUUCGCCCACGAGGGGGACAACAAGCUCGUCGGAUCCGUCCCCUUCCACUCCAACGAGCUCGAGGCGAUCGUCGACGGAGCCAAGGCCGCCUCCGUGCUCGACGCGUUCGUGCAGAAGAAGGCCAAGCGCGCCGAGCUGCAGAGCGACUGCACCGGCGACAGGCUCGCCGUGACGCAGUUGGCGCUGGAGAACUGCGUGCAGCUCGCAGAGGCCGCCGCCGAGGUCGCCCGGUCCGGCGACGCCGGCAAGGUCGAGGAGUACUUCAAGUCGUCAGACGACGAGGUGCGCGACAUCGUCGCCGACGUCUUCACCAAGGUCGCCGACGAGUGCGGUUCCACGGAUAGUGGCGUCUCCCAAUACUACUGCACCGACGUUGACGACGGGUGCUCGGAGGGAAUCCUCGCCUACACGGUCACCUCCGGGGACAGGAGCUACCAGGCAUACUGUGACCUGUACUUUGACACCCUGGUCGACCUUUCGUCCACGUGCCACGACCAGGACAAGGCCACGACGACACUCCACGAGACGACACACGUGAGUCGGGUCAAGGGGACCGACGACCUUGGCUAUGGCUACGAUACCAUCAUGCAGCUCUCCACUGAGGACGCCCUCAACAACGCCGAUACCUACACGCUCUUCGCCAACGCGAUCUACUCGGAGUGCUAA